CAGAGGAGACACAGAGACACAGACAGAGGAGGCACCGAGAGAGGAGACACCGAGAGAGGAGACACCGAGAGACACAGAGACACCGAGAGAGGGGACAUAGAGACGAAACACAGAGACACAGACAGAGGAGACACCGAGAGAGGGGACACAGAGAGACACAGAGACACCGAGAGAGGAGACACCGAGAGAGGAGACACAGAGAGACACAGAGACACCGAGAGAGGGGACACAGAGACGAGACGCAGAGACACAGACAGAGGAGACACCGAGAGAGGGGACACAGAGACGAGACGCAGAGACACCGAGAGAGGAGACACCGAGAGAGGAGACACCGAGAGAGGGGACACAGAGGAGACACAGAGACACAGACAGAGGAGACACCGAGAGAGGAGACACAGAGACACCGACAGAGGAGACACCGAGAGAGGAGACACCGAGAGAAGAGACAUAGAGACGAGACAGAGAGAGACACACGCGCUCCACACUCUCCCCCGUCUCUCCUCUCUUCAUCGCUCCAGCCAGGGGUUGGUGGAACACGGCGGGACGGGCGCUGUGGGGGAAGCAACGAUGCGAGCGGCUGGGGAGGCGCUGGGUCCGGCGGGGAACCCUUUGACCCCCGAGGAGUCCCCCGAGACCCCGAGCGAGGAGGAGAGCCCCGUGCUGCCGCUCCACCAGCUGGGCAGCGUGGGCUGCUGCUACAGCCGCCUGCGGCAGCUGCUGCCCGGCAUCUCGCGGGAGCAGCUGCUGGGCGAGGCGGAGCUCCUGCGCCGCGUGAUCGACCACAUCGCGGCGCUGCAGCUGGCGCUGCACGGCGAGCCAGAGCAGCAGCAGCACCAGCAGCAGCAGCAGCACCAGCAUCAGAACCAGCAGCACCAGCAGCACCAGCAGCAGCAUCAACAGCAGCAGUAACAGCAGCAACAUCAUCAGCAGUAGCAGGAUCAGUAGCACCAGAAGCACCAGCAUCAGCACCAGCAUCAGCACCAGCAGCAGCAUCAACAGCAGCAUCAACAGCAGCAUCAGCACCAGCAUCAGCAGCACCAGCAGCAGCAUCAGCACCAGCAUCAGCACCAGCAUCAGCACCAGCAGCAUCAACAGCAGCAGCAACAGCAGCAUCAACAGCAGCUUCAGCACCGUCAGCAGAACCAUCAGCAGCAGCAACAACAAUAACAGCAGCAGCAGGACCAGUAUCUACAGCAACAAAAGCAGCAGCAGCAGCUGAUGCAACUCCAGCAGCAGAAGCAGCUGCGGUUACAGAACCACAGCACAGACAGGUGAGCGUGGACCAAGCAUGACACCGGGCUUCUGAUGAUGGUGUGGCACCAGACAUCGGACACACACACACCGCAUCACGUGGUGUGGCACGAGAUGACAUCGGACACACACACACACCGCAUCACGUGGUGUGGAACCAGAUGACAUCGGACACACACACCGCAUCACGUGGUGUGGCACGAGAUGACAUCGGACACACACACACCGCAUCACGUGGUGUGGCACGAGUUGACAUCGGACACACACACACCGCAUCACGUGGUGUGGCACGAGAUAACAUCGGAGACACACACACCGCAUCACGUGGUGUGGCACCAGAUGACAUCGGACACACACACACCGCAUCACGUGGUGUGGCAGGAGUUGACAUCGGACACACACACACCGCAUCACGUGGGGUGGCACGAGAUGGCAUCGGAGAC